GCUGGAGCUACGGUGGUCUCGGAUUGAAAUGCAACAGACUGAGUAUGAAGUGUGUGAAAGCGUGGGAGUGGUGUCUCUAAAAAUUACCAGGGCAGGACAAUCCGCAGAGUCUGCCUUUGUCACUGUGAAGGUCAACGAAAUAUCUGCUAUGAUGGGAAAGGACUUUACAGUGACUCCCUCUAAGCUUGUUCAGUUUGAUCCAGGAAUGUCAACCAAGACAUGGAAUAUAGCAAUUACCUGUGAUGGAUUAGAGGAAGAUGAUGAAGUCUUUGAAGUAGUUCUGAACUCCCCUGUGAAUGCUGUUCUUGGCACCCGGACAAAAGCUGUAGUGAAAAUUUUAGACUCAAAAGGAGGUCAGUGCAGCUAUUCCCGUUCCCUUGGCCAAAGCAAGCACAACUUCUGGGGAAGAGGCAUGCAGUUUCCAGUUUCCUCGGGCUCCUCAUCACCCUCCAGGCCUGGCAAUGCUCCCUUGGAAGGGAUCCCACUGCCUCCCUCUAAAGGGAUGAGAGAGCAUGGAGGGGACUCAUGGCAGAAACACGACUUGGCAAAUCCGUCAAGGACCAGGCUGAGAGUGAUUGGAAAUGGCAGAGUAUUUCGUCCUUCAUCUGUAUUUAGAAACGGGACUGGUGUGGUUUUAAAAUAUCACGGGAUGGUAUCACUCAAAAUAGAGGAUGACACCUCAUCAGCUAAAGCAAACAACAAGGCUCAAGUGUCAGUAACUGAUCAAGCACAACCAGAGAGAAAUGUCGUCUCCUCUAGGAAGAGAGAAAUCCCACAAGCUGAUAAGGCAGAACUGGCAUCUGAACAAAGCUCAAGACAUCAGGACUUGUAUGCUUUUCCAAAAGCCUGUACACCAGAUUUAAAGGGGCUCUUGCAUUAUGAAGAAAGCACUCAAAAGUUAUUUCAGUGUGAUGGGAUAAUAUGGAAAUUCUGGAAUUUCCAAAGCAAAGAGACAAGCACAAAGAAAUGUCUCUCCAGAUGGACUCAUCACGAGGGCAGCUGCUACUUCCUGGUGUUGAAUCACAGGGUCUCUUGGAACACCGCUGCUCGGGCUUGCAGGGAACAAUACCUGGGGAGUCUAGCAAGCGUGGCUAAUGAACAACAUAUGCAGUGGCUGUGGGACUUCAGUGGGAGGAAGCCCUUUUGGAUAGGCUUGAACGACCAAGUCAAUCCCGGACACUGGGAGUGGAAUGGAGGAGAACCUGUAACCUACACAAACUGGAGAAGAGGCUCCUACCACUUUCCAAAGAGAGGAAGAAGCUGUGUGUUGGUGCAGAAGCGAGGAAAAUGGCAAGCAACUGACUGCAGCAAGGUCAAACGUAACAGCUAUGUGUGUUCAAGAAAGCUGUAA